ACGCCUUGGAACCCACGGGCGGCCACUGCCGCCACAGGUGCCUCACAGGGCCCUCUGUCCUCGCUCUGGGCAUCAAAACCCCGGUUGGGAACUAAGGCUUCCGAGCUGCUUCAAACCCUGGACACCAAGGCCCUCACCGGCCGGAGAACGAAACCCUGGGGUCUUCUGAAGAGGGGGGCCACAAGCCCCCAGGACCAGACGACGAAGCCCCAGAGCUGCUGCGGAGCUGAACACCGAGGUCCCCAAGCCCUCCGCAAAGGACGUAGAGAUCCUCGAGCAAGAGAGCGAAGUCCUCGAGCCAUCAGUCGAGCAGAACGCAGAGCGCCCCGGGCUGUCCACAGCUGCGGGUUUUGAGAGUCCUGAGCCAGGCAGAGACGACCCUGGGCCGUCCGAAGCGCAAAGGGUGGAGGUCCAGGGGCAGCGUCCCCCUCCAGGCCCUGAGACCUCCUCCUCCAGGUCAGGCUCGGAAGCCCCCCACCUGCGUUUUCCGCCGUGCCCCAAGGCUCCCCAGCGUCUCCCGGAGGAGCUGUUCAUGGAGACGCCCAUCGAGCGCGAAAUCCGCCGCAGCUGCGAACGCGAGGCGAGCCUGCGCCGGAGCCGGGGCCUGAGCCCGGGCCGCGCGGGCCGCGAACUCGUCGAGCUGCGCGUGCGGCCGGUGCUCAACCUGCCGGGUCCUGGCCCCGCGCUCCCGCGCGCCCUGGAGCGGGCGCGGGCGGGCGCGCAGAUGCAGCGGGACAUCGAGCGGGAUGCCCACCGGCAGGCGGCGCUGGCGCGCCCCGCGGCCCCCGAGCCGCGCGCCGGGUCGCCGCCGCAGCCGCUGGGCGAACUCAAGCGCUUCUUCGAGGCCGCAGCGGGGAGCGGCUCCUCGGCGGGGGCAGGGGGCGGCGCGGGCCUGCAGAGGCUGCCAGAACCCGGGGGACGGCCGCGCUCUGCCGUGCAGGGCGGGUGCCCGGUGCUGGGCAGCUCCCCGCCGCCUUUCACUCCGUCACUGCUGGAGCAGGAGGUGCGCGCGGUGCGCGAGCGCGAGCAGGAGCUGCAGCGCCAGCGGCGCAGCGUCUAUGGCACCGCGGAGUUCAAGGAGCCUACGCCGAGCCUCACCGCGAGCAGGGGCGACGGAAAGUUGGCGGUGAUGUGGCCCCCCCGCAGAAAGGCCUCGGAGAACGGCCUGGAGCAGUCCCCCAUUGGGAAACUGACCACCACCCACAACUCCGCCAGUGAAACUGCCCAGCCCUUCUCUGCCAAGCAAACUGAACUACUCUCUCCCUUGACUGUUAAGAGGGCCGGAGUUACCGCCGCGGCUGCCCCACUACCCCCACCCCCAAUAAAGCCUCUUCUUUCAGGGCACUGCAGCCUAUUUUUUUCUGGGUCCUCUUCGUCUGGGGUGGGGCGGGAGCACGGCGGGCCGAGGGAGGCCCGAGAAAACCCCAAGAGGUGCGGGCCAGAAUGCGGGAAUGCGCCCUUACCGCCCUCUUCUGGGGCUGCCCGCCUCCCCCACACGACCAGACACGGCCUGGCCCAGGUCCUACCGCCCCCUGGCGGCUCGAGGGCAAAAUGUGGCGCGUGGACCGAAUUCACACCCUCUUGUUUCCAGGCUUCCUCCUCAACAUUUAUUGGUGCUAACGGUGUGCCCUGCGCUGGGCACUGGCUAGACAGAGGUGAUAAGAGGCUGUUCCUACCCUGGGAACGUAAACAAUAGCUACUAAAAAAAAAA